CACAUUCACAUGUAACAAUCGCACAGUUUUUGUAUCUGUGAACUUUCGUGGACGGAUAUCUUUCUAAUUUGUGGACGGAUUGCACGUCUAAAUGAUAUUAUAUCUCAUGAAUUUUCAACUGCAAUUUAAUAAAAUUAUCGAAUAGUUCGUGAGAAAUGUGAACAAAUUGUAAAUCGAUUAAGUAAUUUAUGUAAAAAUGUGUCAUAAAAUUGUGUGGUAUUACACGUUCAUACUGACUUUAUUUGAUAUAACGCUCAACAGUAAACUGACAGCGCAGGGAAAGAGCCAUGGUGUGAGUGUUCAAGACACUUUUGCAGAGGGAAUCACUUUUCAGGAAUGGGGGAAUGAAGAACAGAGCGAAGAGCAUGAGCACGAGCGCGACGGCGGCGGCGUGGCGGCGCUGUACUUCAGCCCGAGCGCAAUGCGCUUCGGCGUUUCGGCGCUCGGCGCUGCGCAUUCCGCCACCGUCACCAUACACAACACCGCCAACUCCACCCUGCACCUCGCCUCCGUCUCCGGCAGCACCUCCGACUUCUAUGCAUCUUUCUUUGAUACGAAGUCCGUGCCGCCGGAGGGAAACGCGACGUUCCGCGUGGUGUACGUGGGCCGGCGCGAGGGCUACGUGGGCGCGCACCUGUACCUGCACACGUCGCGCGGCUUGCACCGCUACCCCGUGAGCGCGACGGGCGCGCCCAGCGGCUGGGGGCUGUGGCCGCUCGUGGGGCUGCGCGUGCCGCACAACGCCACGCUGAAGGCGCACCUGCAGCUCACCAACCCCACGGCCGAGUGGGUGCAGGUGCGGGAGGUGUACUCGUCGGCCGGCUGGCUGCGGCUGGGGCUGCCCGGGGGCGAGCCCCGGGCGCCGCAGGCCGCCUGGCUGCUGCCGCCGCACGGCACGCGCGAGGUCGUGCGUAUGCUCAUCACGCUGCCCGAGCACGCGUACGCCUCGCCGCCCGAGCCGGCGGCCGACGCGCCGCUCGCCAGCCCGCUCACCGGCUACGUCAGGAUCAAAGUAAACGUGACGGAGGACGAGUGGGGCGGCGGGGCGCUGCUGCUGGCGGUGGAGGCGCGCACCGCGGCGGCCGGCCACUACGUCGCGCCGUUGCAGCUGCGCCUGUCGUCGCGCGGCACCGAUGACCCUCCGGACUCGGUAAGCGUCGCUGGGCGGCUGCCGGCGCGGUGCGCGGCGAGGCGUCUGACGCUAUCGGCCUGUUGGCAGUGGGAGAUCUCGGUGGGCAACAGCGGCGGGGCCGGCGCGCGCGCCGACGGCGGCGUGUGGGCGGCGCGCUGCUCGCCGCAGGCCGCGCCGCUGCCCGACCCCUUCGCCGACGCGCCCGACCGGCCCGCCGCGCCGCACGCCGCCAACGGUACGCCUUCCGCGGCCCCCGCCGGCCUCGGCCCCCCCGCCCGAUCUAACGCACCGCUGUCGGUGGCAGGCGCGAAGCCGGAGGGCGCGCGACUCGCGAUCACGCGGCCCCUCAUCGAGCCCUACCAGGAGCUGACGCCCACGGCGCGCUUCACGCUCGACUACGGCAAGCUGGGCGAGGCGCUGGGCCGGGCGCCCGGCGGCGCGGCGGCGGGCGGCUGGUGCGGCGGCUGGCUGCGCCUGGGCGGCGCCGCGCUGCAGUACUCCGUGCGGCUGCUGCCCGGCACCGCGCGCCUCAGCCCCGCCGACAUCCGCGUGGUGACGGCGUCGCGCGAGCAGGCGCUGCAGGAGCGCGAGGUGUGGCUCACCAACGAGUUCGCGCUGCCGCUGCGCGUGUCGCCGCUCGUCGUGCCGCCCGCCGUCGCCGAGCACUUCGUCGUGAGCGACUUGUGGGAGGGCGUGGUGCCCGCGGGCCGCGGCCGCGCCGUGGCCCGGCUGCGCCUGCGCCGUUUGGACGAGCAGCUGUCGCUCGACGCCGCGCUCACGCUGCAGACCAACGUCACACGAUACGCGCUGCCGAUCGCCGUCUACUCCGGCUACCUUGAAGUGGUCUGUACAUUUCUUGGGUGUAACUCGCACUGACACGCGCUGUCGGCUUCGGAACGACCUCGGCGCGAGUAAGACUGUUUAUUAAAAUUGAAUA